AUGGGCCAUCGGGUGGCUGUCACGACAGUUGACGCGUCAACAUCGAACACAAAAGGUCACGAGACACUCGUGGAACGAGGAACGAGCCUGACUAUGAGGAACAUAGCGAUUAGCAUCCUAGUCGUGGCUUCCUCGGCAUUUGUCGCGUAUAGUUUCCCCGAUGGAGCACCGGUGGACACUUGCGUGAAACCAGGUCGAGCUAACGAGCCAAAUCACGGUCAAGCAAGGUCACAACCCUUAGAUACCAGCCCCUAUAAGUUCACGGCUUCGUCGUCCGAAUAUGGUCCUGGCUCCCAGAUAACUGUGACGAUCACCGGCUCGAGGUUCAAGGGAUUCUUCCUUCAGGCACGUGACCCCGAGACGGACAGCUGGAUCGGUUCCUGGGCCCAAACGGAGAACACGACCACCCAUCCCGAAUGCAGCGCCGUCACGCACGCUGAUCCAAAUUCAAAACUGCUCGCGACUCUUAUUUGGAAUGCACCGCCCAACCUGCGCGGUCGCGUUUACUUCACCGGUACCAUUCUGAAGGAAUACGCAACGUACUGGUCGGGAUUAGUGGCCGAGGCUAAGCAUUGAACGUUUAUGUAAGUAACGCGGCGGUGUUCGAUCGCGAACGGAGCGUUCCAAUUGUAUUAACAACCACACCUUUAGUAUUGUA